AUGACCCCUGCUGCGAAGAUUUUCACUGCCCUAGAGGAUGAUACGGUCAUUGAAGACACGAAGGGAAACACUUACCUGUUCACUAACCUCGACUCAACGUCAAGCCAUGGCAAGAACACUGAUCAGCCGUUGAAUGACACAGGGGCUGUGGAUCAACGACAAUAUAUCCUUCGCGUGAUCUCCCCGCCGAACUCUUUCUUCAGUGUUCCACCCCAUUACCAUCCCCUCACUCCCGAAAUCUUCCGCGUUUUCUCCGGAGAGCUCACCGCUACCAUUGGCGGCAUCAGACGCACUCUAAGGCCCGAGGAUGGCGAGAUCACUGUCGAAAGGGGAGUGGUUCAUAGUUUCGAGAGUCCGGAGGGGGUGCACACAGAGCUUGCAGAGCGGGAGGACGGAGCUGAAGUUAUGAAGAAAAAGUCGUGUUUCUUGAUGCGUGCGGUGCAGCUUGGAAUGGGUGGCGCAAAUCCUAGCGUAAUCCAGGUCUUCCGGCUUUUUUGGGAAGAUGGCGAUGUAUUCCCCUCGCUCGGGUUCAGACCUCUUGACAAGAUCGCGACACAUUCUAUUGGUGGGCUCCUUGGGUAUUAUUUGGGCUUGGGAGCAAUGAAGCAGGCGCCGAAGGAACAAUGA